AUGGAAUCAUCACAAACAAGUUCAAAUCUAGCCCAAAUCUAUAGUUUAUCAUGUCAACAGAUUGAAGAAAUUCUCAAAGGUUUAAAUACAUCCGAAUAUGAAUCGAAAAAUGCAACAAUCGAAGGUCAAUAUAUUUCUUUACGUUCACCCCAUUGUGAACCUAAACCAUAUCCUGUUGUACAUGGUCUUAGAAAAUGGUCAGUAACAAUAAUAUUAGUGAUAUUUCUUGUAUUUGGUUUGAUUGGAAAUACUUUAUCAGCAACUAUUAUGUUCCGUCGUUCCCGUCGGGGACUUUCAUCUUAUUUUUAUCUCGGAUUAUUAGCGAUUAUUGACAUAUGUAUUCUCUAUACUGGCUGUCUUUUAUAUAUGCUUGAAACAACAUUUAACUAUCGUCCACAAAUUUAUUCAACUUUUAUUUGUCGUCUAGCAUUUUAUAUUCAACAUUUAUUUACUUAUAUAUCGGCAUGGCUUAUUGUUGCUGUUACAUUUGAACGUUUUAUGGUUGUUCGAUUUCCAUUUUCAUCGAUACGUAUAUGCCGCAUGCAUGUUGCAUAUAGAAUAGCAAUAAUGAUAUUUAUAUUUUUUUCCUUAUAUUCAACGCAUUAUUUUUUUACAAUGAAUUUAAUUCAUAUUAACUUACAAACAGAUGCAGGUUACCAUCCAAAUUAUAUAGUUUGUGAUGUUACCGUGCAUCAAAAUUUAUUUGCAUUUAUUGAUCUAUGCUUUUAUAGCAUUUUACCAUCAAUAUUAAUUCUUAUAUUUAAUUUAUUAAUUAUAAUCACAAUUUUUCAUGCUAUAAGAAAACGACGAGACUAUCUACAAGCAAAUAGUUACACACCUUCAACAAAUACAUCACAACGAAAUAAAAAUAAAAGUUCAUCAACAAUGCGUACACAAUUUUUACGUAGUCGAUCCGCAGAAUCAGUUCCAGUUGGUCGUUCACCCACUCAAUUCAACAAGCAACGUUUAUAUCAUAUUCCAAGAAAUAACAAAUUUAUCGAACAAAACAAUAAACCGAAUACGAAUCAAAAACAUUUAUUUGGCCCAAUAAGCGCAACAGGAAUCCGUUUAACAUGUUUAUUAUUGAUUGUAUCAUUUAUAUUUGUUAUCUGUACGUUACCAAUAUCGAUACGUUCAUUGAUAGCAAAAUAUUUACCUUCACAAAGAUCUACAGCACAUUGGCAAAUAAUACAAGUUUCUCUAACAUUAUUAAUGUAUUUAAAUCAUGCUGCUAACUUUAUAUUGUAUUGUGUUACUGGUCGAUCAUUUCGUAGUGAAUGUCGUAAGCUUAUUUGUAAUCUAUGGCUAUUAAAAGAAUUACGUAUAUCAUGUACCAUGAGCGCUAAUUCAGAUAAAAAUAUACAUUAUCAACAUCAACGACUUAUUCUCAUGGAUCGAAAUCGUUAUGUUCGUUCGCAACAACAACAACAACAUUAUAUGAGUCCGAUAAUGAGAGGAAGGCCCUUGUAA